CUUAAAGAGUUCUUGAAAAUGGCUCAACAACUUCUUACCAUGGGUGAAACACACAGAGGAACUAGAGCGAAUUUGGCGACCUUUGCUGUUGACCGAUUCCGUACACGUUCUCACGCUUACGUUGAACCCGACGAGAGGAUUAUUCCGAAUCUCCAAGCAUGUGGCUUCGGACAUAUCAUAAAAGUUAACAACAACACCAUAGACAGAAAAUUCAUCCUUGCCUUACAAGAGCGAUGGAGGCCUGAAACCCACACGUUUCAUCUUCCAAUAGGUGAGUGUACUAUUACUCUAGAGGAUGUUUAUAUGUUACUUGGUCUGCCCAUUGAUGGCAAGGCUGUUAAUGGAUCUGUUCAACAUGCUAAUUCAAUGUGUGAGAGAGUGUUGGGAAGAGAUCUAGUUGUGCCUACUCAAGGUUCAAGAGGCCAGGGUAUCAGUCUGGUCUCCCUUAGAGAUUACUAUGAUGAACUCGUCUUGAUGGACAACUUUACUGAGGAGCAUGUUUGGUUAAUGACUAAGGUCUAUAUAAUGUUGAUGUUUGGUAAACUUUUAUUCCCGGAGUCGACAGUAUGGGGUUGGUGGAGAAUGCCGACGCUGUCCCCUGUAGGCAGGAACAACUACACGUUCCCUUAUGCAACAAGGUUCUGUGGUCCUAAAUUGGAUUACAGUAAGAAUCCGAGGGGGAGUGUUGUUUUAUAUCGGGACCUAAUUGAUCACCUCCGAGCUGAAGAUGUAUUAUCCCUAAACUUUUAUAUGAUCAUAUAG